AUGCGUUUCACAACCAUUCUCCUCUCCUUCGCCUCCCUGGCUUUCGCCGCCGAGCUCGGCAUCGAGACCACUCACAAGGUCGAGUGCACCCGCAAGACCCAGAAUGGCGACGGCGUCUCCAUGCACUACCGUGGCAAGCUGCAGGACAGCGGCAAGGAGUUUGAUGCCAGCUACAACCGUGGUGUGCCGUUGAGUUUCAAGCUUGGAACCGGCCGUGUCAUUAAGGGUUGGGACCAGGGUCUUCUUGAUAUGUGCAUUGGCGAGAAGCGUACCUUGACGAUUCCCCCCGAGCUUGGAUACGGGGACCGCAACAUGGGUCCUAUCCCGGCGGGGUCUACUUUGAUCUUUGACACUGAGUUGGUUGCCAUUGAUGGCGUGGACAAGGAUGAGCUAUAG